CAUUUAUUUGAAUUGCCCCUAGACAAAAACUUGACUCGAUUUAGUCCACCGAACUAUUCAAAUAUGGUCAAUUUAUGCAUAAUAAAAUUUAUCCUUUUUAUUUCACCUCGCACAAGUUGUAUUUUAAUUUCAAAUUUGGUGAGAUGCUAGACAACAUUAUACCCUAUGUUAGAAAAAUAUUUACCCUAUGUAUUUUAAUUUCCAUGUGCUCUCUGUUCCUGCCUACGCAGGCAGCUGAUUAUAUUAGUGCCCAACUUGAUCGUUAAUUAGGCUGCAUAAUACGGUGCCAUCUCCAUAUAUAAGUACAGCAGGUUAGGACCAACCUUAUCGCCAUUGCCAGACAAUUAGCUAGCUUUCCUUCUCCCACAACUGCAAGGAACUGAACCUGUAGUGGUUCAGAACUUUGAGAGGCAAGAGCUAGCUAGGAAGCCGCAGCCCUAGACAGGGAGAAGAGAUGAAGCACCACCACCACCAGAACAACAACAGAUAUCUUCCUCAAUCUUCACCUCCUGAUCACCCCUCUCUUGCCUGCGACUGCGACCACCGCUCGGCGAUGAAGGAGAUCGCAAGGGAGCAGUCUCUGGUGACGCAGCUGCGCGCCAUCGUCCUGCCAGCGCUGCAGGCGGAUGAACUCUCCGAGCUUGUUGUUCAGAUGUUCCAGGACAUACUGGAUUGCUCCAGCAAGGCCAUAGCUGACCUGCAGCUUCAUCAAUCCAAAGCUCGAGCUGAUGAUGUGCUGGUGGAUGACAAGAAGGGAGUAAGGAAGAUUAUUUCUGAUGACUGCAUCAAUGAGGAGAAUGCUAAUCCCCAUCAUCCGCACAAGAGACGGAGAUCUGCUGGCUCGGUGUCACUUGAAACCCCUGUUCCGCACUGCGAUGGUCGCCAAUGGAGGAAAUAUGGGCAGAAGAACAUCAAUAAAGCAAAACACCCAAGGAGCUACUACAGAUGCACCUAUAGACAGGAACAAGACUGCAAAGCAACAAAGACGGUGCAACAACAAGAUGACAGCGCUGGUGCUGAUCAUUCUGUGAUGUACACGGUCGUAUACCACGGCCAGCAUACUUGCAAGAGCAACAAUGGUGGCGAUUCAGGCCCCAAUGACUCUGAAACAAACACCCAAAGCACCAGUGAUCUUGUUUGCAGCGACAGCCAAACCAGUAUAUCGACGAAUUGUUCAGAUCCCAAUGACAAUCAGACAUCCCUAGAAGAUGAUAGGUUGCUCCACAAAUCUGUGGACUUGAUCACAAAGACCAACAUGUAUGAGCCAUUCGACAUUACUACGUUUGGAUCCCUGGAUUUUGACAGUUGGGAGUUGGAUGCACCCGUGAGACUUGGAGCCUGAUAAUUAAGAUACCGACGAAAAACUAGUGAUCAUUGAUAAUUUGAUAUGAUAUGUUAUAUCUCAACAGAUGCUUGUAUUCAGUUGUCUAGGGGUGAAAAUAUCAUUUAGACAGAAUGUAUAACAUGUCAAUUUUCUGUGUUUGUAUCAAGAAGUUAUAAAUGACAUAAAAAACAGGGUCUAUUUUACAACCUCC